AAAUACCCUACAAGUCCAGUCCUUUAUAUAAAUAAGCAGAUCUAAAAAAUAAUCACGGUAUUUCCUGGAAUCACACUACUUUAUAUAGUGGAAACCAAGUAUUUAGUACUGAAAUAUACAGUUGUAGCAGCUUAUCGAUAGCUUCUCAGCCGGGCAAGUUCCAUCACGAAGAGGGCGAAUGGCGGCGCGAAUGCAAUUUCACUAAUUUGCUAAUUCGAACACAUUUACUACAGCUAAAAGAGAUUCGUUUGAAAGUAAGGAAAAUCCUGCCAUGCAUUGACCGGUUGAUAUAAGCCGGAAACAUGUCUGACUCGUCUUUUGUUGAGAUUUCAUUUUCUGAACAGUCUGAAUUAAGUCGCACCUACAAUAUCAGCACAGAGUUGUCUUCACCGAGUGCAAGCUUCGGUUCCAGCUCAAGUUCCUCCUCCCAUUUUCCGAGUGACAGCAUCGGUUCCAGCUCAAGUUCCUCCCAUUCCCCGGGUGCCAGCUCGUCAGAAUCCGUGCAGGAUAACUCCUUUCGCGUGACUAUGGACGAAUCGCGCGACCAGUCGACUGAUUUGGAAGGUGAAUCGGACAACCAGUCUGCUGAUUUUGUUCGUGAAUCACUCAAUCGGUCGAAUGACCAAAUUGCCCAGAUGCUGGAGGACAUUGGUUCCAUCACUCGUUAUUGCGAGCAACUUGCCUCCCAGGUCGAUAACAACUACGACCUAACCACUACCUCUACACCAACAAUAAUCCAAGGCAGGCGUCCUAGACUUGACGUGACUCCAGUGGAAGUAAUAGACUUGUCCAAUUUCGAGUUUGCACCGCCAGCUCGCCCGCCGACAAAUCGUACUCCUGAUGCGGUGAUCGAUUUGUGCACCCCAGACAGAUCAUCUGCACAUCGUCGCAGGUCCUCGCAGCAAUCCACAUCCAAUGCUGUCGUUGUAGACCUCGACGAUCCGUCGCCACCAAAGCGCACAUGUCCCACAUCUGACGAGUCCCAAAUGGAGGAGUCUUACAAGUGUCCAGUGUGUCUGGAAAAUGUGCGCAGGCGUGAGCCAGUGUCGACUAAAUGUGGUCACGUUUUUUGUAAGGAGUGUCUCGUUGCCGCCAUAAAUAGUGUACAUAAAUGCCCUCUGUGCAACAAGAAGAUGACAGUGCGUCAAUUUUCCCGCAUUUACCUGUAAGGUCGGCUCUGUGAGCCACAUUAAGUUAAGUAAGAUAUAUGGCAUUCAUUUAUGUUAAGGAUGGUAAAGAUGUUCUGCUUAAGUUUCCCAGUAAUCCGAUUCGCAAGUUACAGCACAAAGAAUGUGUAAAGAAUUAUUUCUGUAAUUAAGAGAAAUUAAAUAUUAAUGUUUCCUAAACCAAUGAUAGAAGCUGUAAAAGAUUAAUUAUAGCACAGUAACAACAA